AUGAGUGACAAACGGAAUGUCGCAAAACAGACAGCACCAAUUCCUCUCCCAAAUGCUGAAACAUCUCCGGAGCAGAAAGACUCUAAAAGUCUCGAUGAUUUGUGGAAGGAAGCUGUGAACAACAUACAGAAAGAAUAUCGCGUCAACAUCUCGGCCAUUGCAGAAAGCGAAUCUGAUGGGCUCCAGCAACCGGAUCAACGUCUCCAAAAGGCGUCGGAACUAUUCGAAAAAUCGCGGCAUCCUGAGGACCGAAAAACCAAGGUGAUUAAUGCUGUAUCUGGAUGUUUGGACUGGACAUAUUCUGGUGUAUCUUUCUUCAAAGAUCAUGUGUCUGGAACUUAUGCAGUACCCGCUCAAAUUGUGGCGGGCUCGGKUAUGUAUAUGAUACAGGCCGCAAAAAACGUGACUGAAGACUUUGACCUAAUCGAGGCGACCUUCGUCGAGCUGCACAAUGCGCUACUUGAUAUUGGUGAUCUCAAAAAGCGAGAGUUUCGUGAAUCAAAUUUCCUCAAUAGGUUGCUAGAUAUAUUCAUCGCUAUGCUUGAUUUCUGUCUCUUCAGCGGCAAGAUCUUUACUGAGUACCGAAGAAAAAGGCUUUAUCUUAAUGCUCUGUUACAUGGCAGGAACAAGAAAAUCAUGGCUCGAUGCGAAAAAGKGAAAAUGACGAUAAUGGUGUUUCGCGCCACAAUACCAUUUCAGAUCCUUGACGUCGUAAAGGCUAUGGAUAGCAAAAUCGAAGAUCUUCCAGCAAAUUUGCUCGAUUUACUGCAACAUGAGAAAAUCAAGCCUUCUGAUUUGCAAGCCCUUUGGGGCAGAACCACUUCCUUGGAGAAAAUUACAAAGACUUUGAAGGAUAACAAGGAUCUGGACCCUGAUAUCAUAGUUCCAAUCCAGAUUCACAUGGAAUUCCUGAAAGCGCACCUUGUCCCUGGCACAUUUUCGUGGAUAGAAAAUGAGCCAGCGUACAAAUCUUGGAUGAGCGGACACAAAACCCCAGUCAUCUAUGUCUCUGGUGCCACCGGUACCGGAAAGACGUUCUUUUCCUAUCGGUGUUUCUUGUCAAUUCAGGAACAGGCCAAGAAGAAUAGAUUAGAGGGCGGCAAGAAUAAUCCACGACAAACCACUCUUGUGACUUACUUUCCUUUUGAGCCUGGAAGGCAAGACUCUCAGUCUUUCCGAAAUGUGUUGGCCUAUAUUCUGGUUCAAAUUGCAGAUAACGAUAGCAAGCUAGGUGACGCAAUUGCAAAAGACCUAGUGGCGUCCAAGAUUGCAAAGGAGGAAGAUAGCAAGAAGAAGCUAAACUUCAUGUGGGAAAAGCUUUUGGUCAAGAAAUUUGAGAAGACCCCAGAUACGUCCCGUGUGAUCUAUAUCAUCCUUGAUGGUGUGGAAUUGAUGGAUGGCCCUGACCGCCAAGCGAUGUUAGGUCUUUUCCAGACCUUAAACUCCGACAAAGACGGAAUUCGUAUUCUUAUGACCGGACCUCCAGAUGAAGAUAUUUAUGGUCCCAUAGCCCAGUAUACAGAUUGUCCGAAAAUCGAUCUGUUCGAGAAGACACGGUCCAGCGGUGAUUUUGCAAAACUCAUUGACUCGCAUUUCAACCAGUCAGAGAUGUUGAAAAGCUUUAAAGAUUCCACAAAAGAGAUUAUCAAGAGCAAGCUUCUGGACAGCCCUGAAAGAGUCAUGUCAUCGGUAGAUCUUACACUGACAAUGCUGGAACAAUGUGACGGCGAUGCAUCCGCUCUAAUUAAAAUUGAUCAUGUGAAAGGCCAACACGGUUUGUAUACUGCCAUGAUCGAUACGGUUUGCUCAAAACGCAGCCCACGAGACCGCGAAAUUGUCGAGAAGAUAUUCGCUCUAUGUACAUUUGCUAAGGAGCCUUUCAAAGUGCUUGAGCUUGAGCAACUUCUCGAACAAGAAACAUCAAUCAGUAAUUUUGAUGUUGCUGCUGAGAUCGAGGGAAGGUUAUCAAGCCUGCUUUUUACGGACAAUUAUCAUUCGACCAGUUCAUUAGAGACAGAUAAUUUACCUAAGCCUGAAACAGAGAAUGAUGCAAUUGAAGCGCAGAAAAAGCUCGAAAAGCAGAAGCAGAAGCAAGUCCGCUUUCGCCAACCAGCAUUCAAAGAUUAUUUGGAGCAAUCAGACAACAACAUGAUUCGAGAUCCGACCAAGGCGAAAGUGGAUAUCUUUCUGAGGCUUGUUGGUGCACUGUGCGACCAAUUACCUCAGGGAGCACCAAAUCGCGACAGUCUCCAAGAAUAUGCUGCGGAAUGGCUCCUGGACCACCUCGAAGAUAUCGAUGUUAAGAAAACAACCCCUCAACAAGGUGCUCAAGUCGUUGAAGCUUUGAUGCGGAUAUUAUACGAUGACAACGAUGUAUCUCGCGUCUUUGAAGAUAUUCAGAGUCGAAAAAACGAGUUGAUAGACGUCGACUUUAGCAUUUAUCGCAUAUCCAAUAUAUCUUACGAAGAGCGAGGUUUUCGACACCUGAAUCUACUACUAGCGUGGGCUAGAAAGAUGAGCUUCCAUAACGAAGAGAAGAUGUCGUUCAGGGCACUACAAGGAAUUGAAAGUCUACUCAAAGAUCCACGAUGUGUGCUGGAGCAGUUAGCUCGUGGUCACCUUGUGAGAUGGACAGAGAAAAUGACUUAUCGCGAGGCUAGAAUCUCCUACAAUUUCAUUUGUCGGGCUCUGUGGUUGACUGAAAAGUUACAUCCCGACUUCGUCGGUCCAAGCGAUUACUUCCCAUCAGUGACUGUUGAAAUAGCUAAAGCACUUAUUGAAUACGGGAAAAAUCAAGUCUACUUGAAUCCCGUGGAAAUCGCUCGAUGUCGAAUCGCGACAGCUUUGGUUCUUCACUUUGAGGACACUGAUGAAACUAGGCAAUUUUGUGUCGAGUUGUAUCAAACUAAUCUCUCAGAGACAACAACUCUGGGUCCUGAGAAAUUCUAUUCGUACUUGGGAAUGGCAGAGUACUAUCGAGCACAAAUCAACACUCCUUUCGACCUGGGCGAAGAAAAGGACUGGAGGAAUGUUGUGGACUUUGCUAACAAGGCCCUUAUUGAACGAAACGAAGAGAAGGGAGCUCUUGGAUCAGAGCUUCGCAACGAGCGGUGUAUCAAAGCCUUCCUUCUCAAAUCUGAAGCGUUGACGCACCUAGGGUCCGAUACUGAGGCAAUCCAAACCUGUGAAGAGGCCUUGGGCGAGGAUUUAGAGUAUACUGAAGAACUAUUGGAAUUUUUAAAGACCAUUGUCAAUAUUCAUACCAAGAAAGGCGAGUGGACGAAAGUGAUUCAAGCAGUGCGACGUCAACGACCAAGAAUCAGAUCCGAGUGGCUGUGGAACCGAACCGAUAAUUGGACGGAUAAGACGGACUCUUUGAGAAGGGCGGCAGUCGAGACUCGGCGCGUCGACUUCGCAAUUCAAAUUUUUGAAGAGGCUGUUGAAUAUUGGCGCACGCGGGACGUUGGUCACUCGGUAGCCCUACAGUAUGAAUUGGCGUUGGUUUACAGACGAGAUGCACGUGCCACGAAGAUGGCCGAGAUUGAGAUUGAUAAACUGAUAACCCGUCUCGUGGAAAACCGUGUGAGCUUGUGGCUGGKAGAUUUUGUUUUUCCUGAAAUGAUUGACAUUCAUUACGAGAAUUUCACGGUAACAGAAUCCAAGGACGUCAAGCAGCAGAUAAUCGGACAAGUGGAAAAGCUCGUCGACCGUUACGAAAACAUGCAGAUAGUUGAGCCUAUGACCAUAGGAAAAGCCCUCCUUGUACUUGCGAAAAUGUGGUCUUAUUUUGACGGCAAAUUGAAAGCCAAGCAAUACGCUGAGGGUGUGUUCUCCAUAGUCAUUGCAGACUUGGAGGACACAAUUGGAUCAAAUGAUGCAGAGGCCUUUCGACUUUUGGCCAAAGUGCUCAUGUUUGUCGACUUGGAGAUUGAUGCCAAGAUUGCGUUGUCUCUCCAGUUUUCUUACGUCAACAUGAAUUACGAUGAUAACUACAGUAGGCGAACAGAUCUUGUUGUUACGGAACAAACUUUAGAGCAGACCAAGGAAGAACCACCGACUCAGACUGUGCAGGGGCCUCCAAUAGCUCAGGAUCAACGGGGGCUUGGAGGGUCAGAGACGGAAUCUCAACAAGUGAAAGAAACUGUCAACGGAUCCGUUGGUCUCUUGCCUUCAAUUGGUCCUACGAAGUCUGACGACAGAAACAACUCCAUAUCAACCCAGGUAGUCGAAAUGAAUGAUUCAUCUACAACCGCCCAUGAGACAAAAAGAACUGGUAGCGCACAUGAUGCAUUGAACAAAGACGCACCCGAUGAACAGGCGGCAGAAACUUUACCCUCACCUGCUCCAAGUGAAGAUGAGCACACCGUGCCAGCAACUCUAAAGGUCGAACCCAUCCAAAUGGAUCCGACAACCGCUACAGAGGUGAAUGGUCAAGGAGGGGCAACAGUGACCACAGAACCACAGCCAGAGCCUAAAGACGCCCCUACAGACCUAUCCAUGUAUCAAGACAUCAUGGACACCGAACUCCCAACCCGCUGCUCAGGGCCGUGCAUGAAUCCUCCCGUCAUAGUCAGAAGCUUCGGUCCCAAGAGCGAAAAGAUGUACUACUGCCUCGACUGCAACGAAUUACAAUAUUGCAAGCCGUGUUAUGAAACACAAAUCAAGUUCUACGACAAUUACGAGGAGGGGUUUUGGGCUAUGCGCUUGGUUGCACGUGACCUUACAGGGGUCGGUCUUGGCGCGCUUUUAAGAUUGAGACGGGAAACAGACAAGGCCCGGGCCUGCUUGCGUGAUUGUCCGAACCGUCGUACAUCUGGGCCAGUUCAGAUCUCAAACCUCAACUUGAGUUCUCCUGCAGACUCUGAUCUGGACGACGGUCCACGCUGUCUGCCCGUUUUUACACGUGACAAACAGAGCUUUCUGGCCAUUGAUCAGAUAAAGCACCACCGCGAUAUCCUUCUUCCUGCUUCCCUUUUCCCUGGAGAGGCCAGCUUGCCUCACUCAGGACCAACUCCUCGCCACAUGGAUGCAUUCCACAACUUCCCCUCCCGACCCUACACGCUCGCUGAUAAUAAUCAACCCUCUUCUUCAACAUCGAAAGAACACGCAGUGUCGCACUCUUUCAAUAACACUACGGAAUCUUCGUCACAUUUCCACAAAAGACAUUCCACCGAAUACGAACUAAAAGACCUUCCAACAAGACACACUAUACUCGACGUACGCGACGAAGAGUCCACCCUCUCCGAUCUCUCUACGAGCGACGCUGACGAACGCGAAAACGCCGGACUGUUGGAAGGAAGCUCAGAAACAUCUCGCAGAAAACAGAUGAAGCGCAGGACUCGUGAGAAGUCAUCUAAACGGGGGCCUGCUUCGAGCCUGACGAUAGAAACGGGCCAGAACGGCCACGCGGACGGCGAUAUGAACUCACGUCUGGAAAUGCGGAGGAAAGAUCCUUCUGUCGAUUCUCCAUCCUCUGCGCAACAUGCCAACAGGGUCAUGGCUCGGGAAAGCUUCACAUUAGAUGAUGCACCUCCGGCGGUGCCUGGUACUCCAAGACUGCAGAAUACAAGUUUCUUUGCGCUACCGGAGCAGGACCGGAGAAAUUUUCUGCUGCUGGUGCUGUUAUACUUUUUGCAGGGCAUUCCGAUGGGUCUAGCCAUGGGAUCAGUUCCAUUCCUUCUUAAACCACAUAUUUCCUACGGGCAAAUCGGUGUCUUCUCUUUAGCGUCAUAUCCUUAUUCCCUCAAACUAUUCUGGAGUCCCAUUGUGGAUGCAGUCUGGAGCAGAAGGCUUGGUCGACGCAAGAGCUGGAUCACUCCAGUGCAGUUGCUUUCCGGUCUCGCCAUGCUCUAUCUAGCUGGCCGCGUUGAGGCGAUGUUGAACUCGGCAGGUGAAAGCGACGGCAAUGUAUGGACUUUCACCAAAUGGUGGUUCUUCCUCGUUUUCCUAUGCGCAACACAAGAUAUCGCAGUCGACGGCUGGGCGCUUACACUCAUUUCGCCCCAAAACAUUUCAUACGCCUCUACGGCUCAAACCGUUGGUCUUACUGCGGGCCACUUCCUUUCUUAUACUGUAUUCCUUGCCCUCAAUUCUCCCGAAUUUGCCAAUCGAUGGUUCCGGUCCGCCUCCAACAUUGAUCCGAAACAUGGUCUCCUCUCACUUAGUGGCUAUAUGGCAUUUGCCGGAUGGGCAUACAUUAUUGUAACCUUUUUACUGUUCUUCUUGAAAAAAGAAGAACGUACCAAGGACAAAGACGGCAUCAUGGAGGUGUAUCGCAGCAUGUGGAGUGUCCUAAAACUCAAAAACAUCCAAAUGAUCAUCGUUCUUCAUUUGAUCGCCAAGAUCGGCUUUCAAGCGAAUGAGGCUGUGACCAGUCUCAAGCUCAUCGACAAGGGCUUUGGACAAGACAACAUGGCACUCGUUGUUUUGAUCGACUUCCCAUUUGAGAUUGCUCUGGGCUACUAUGCCGGUCAAUGGUCGACCGAAUACACGCCGAUGCGAUUAUGGUGCUGGGCCUUUGUUGGUCGACUUGCCGCGGCGAUAUUCGCUCAACUUACGGUCAUGAUAUAUCCUGCUGCCUCGGCCGUUCCAUUCUGGUAUAUUCUAGUCGUCAUUGCCGAACACGUCUUGUCGACUUUUAUGAAUACCGUCAUGUUUGUUGCGGUAUCCGCGUUCCACGCACGUAUCUCCGAUCCGGCCAUUGGCGGGACUUAUAUGACCUUGCUAGCAACUGUGUCCAACCUGGGAGGAACAUUUCCGAAAUUCUUCAUCCUCAAAAUGGUCGACAUGUUUACCUCAGCCACCUGCGUCCCACCAACCACAAUCCCCGACCCAUCAACCCUGAAAGGCGACCUCAUCACAUCCGCAUUCUCCUGCGCCCUCGAAGCAGACAAGAGCCGCUGUCAAGCCGGCGGCGGGCAAUGCGUAGUUGAGCAGGAUGGUUAUUACAUAACGAACUUGCUUUGUGUGGUUAUCGGCGCUGUCACAUUUUACGUGUAUAUACGGCCUACAGCCCUUAAAUUGCAGGCUUUGCCGCUAAGGGCUUGGAGGGUUGCGACUGGUUCUGGGAGUGAUAGGUAG